AUGGUUGGUUGCGGGUUGUUGUCGAAUCGUCUGUUUCGUCGGUCUGAGACCGAUCAACCGCUUGUGAGGGAGCGACAUCAUCGCAGAAACACGACUCUGACGGUGACGUCGUCCGAGGAUGAUAGCGACGAGUGCUCGACGCCGACACGGACAGCAGCUGUGGUUAAUGAGAAACAGGCAGCGGCUGGAUAUCGGCGCUUCUCCCCUAAUGAUGAACAUAUCGACCCCGGUUUAUUGAAGAAACACUGCUCGCACCUGUCAUACACUACCUCCGUUGCGACAUACCCAGCCAUCAGAACAUUCUUCAGCCCGCACCCUCACAUGGACAAACUCCCCUCGAAACCCGCGCCUAUUCCCAUGCUCGUCUUCAUUCACGGAUUAGGUGGAAGUCUCGCCCAGUUUCAUCCUCUGCUGACAAGUCUGUCAAACGUCGGCCCAUGUUUUGGAAUUGAUCUACCCGGGUGUGGAUUGUCCUCGUUCGCUCCCAAGAGCUGGGAAGCCUAUUCGAUUGAAGCCCUAGCGGAACUCAUCGCAGUUGCAAUCGAAGAACAUCGUGAUAAAGCAGCGAACCAAGGCGUUGUUCUGAUUGCGCACAGCCUCGGGUGCUCUUUGUCUGCAUUGCUGGCAUCAUCUAGCUCCACAGUGGGCACAGAGCUGAAACCAUAUAUUCAAGGCGUUAUCGCCAUCUGUCCCAAAGCUUCCCCGCCAACCGCUCAAGAAACAGCGCUUGCCCGAAAGCUUCUCUAUAUACCGACACCUAUAUUCAAUUUGUGGCGUCUUUGGGACCGCCGAGGUGGUGCUCAGAGCAAGAGUGUUCUUCGAUUUGUCGGUGAAAAGGCCGACCCGGACACAAAACAGCUGCAAAUACGAUUCAACGCACAAAGUCGAAGUGAUGUCUGGAGGAGAAUGGCAUGGGGAGCUCUUCCUGUAUACGAUAGUCACGGACAACCUAUCGGUGGAAUGCCUGGCCAGGCAGUCUGGGCAAAUGUAAAGGUACCCCUUUUGCUCGUUGCUGGUGACGAGGAUGCAGUUACCAAAGCCACCGAGGCAGCAAAAAUUGUUGAAUUUAUGGAAGGCUCCGAUGUUGAUUCGGCAAUGCGGGCUGGAUCCCAAGAUGCAAUCAUUCCUAAUGCGACACGGGUGCAUGACACUCGAAGCUCGGCAUCUACUAAUGCCCGUGCCGACGAAGAGUUGUACGGGCUUGAUGUCUCGGAGAAACAACAGCCGGAUAUUCAGUCCACAAAGGGCAAGGUCGUCAGGACGAGAAUUUUACCGGCUCCAGCUUCUCACGCUCUUCUAUACGACCGUGCGACCUAUCGCACUUUGGCAGGAUUGAUUCAAGACUUUGUGCAAAAGUAUAUCGACCAUCGUCUCAGCCUAGGCUGGCAACUACAGUACCUCAACACUUCUGGCAAAUGGGAUGUAAAAAACCUCGCCAAGUGGCAGAAAGUGCCUCCUACUUCAACCCCCAUCGCGAAUACGUUUGUGGCUAUGAAGAUGCUCCGUGGAGUCGACGAAGUACACAACCCAGUGCGCUUCUCGGAACAAUGGAACGGCAGAAUCUAUGCCGUGAUUGACAUCAGUCAUGAGAAUCCGGUCUACGACCCAUAUGAAUUGGAAAAGGGUGGUAUACAUUACCACAAACACCCCACAGUCUCCAAGAUCCCGCCUACUCCCGACGAAACGCGGGACUUUAUCGGGUUGGUCGAUCAGCUGGAGAAAGAGAUUACCGAAAAGACUGGUAAAGACGAUGGUGACCCGACUCGUCCUCUAGUCGGGGUGCAUUGCCACUAUGGCUUCAACAGGACGGGGUUCCUGAUUGUUAGCUAUCUGAUUGAGAGGAAAGGGUAUGCUGUUCAGGAUGCCAUUGACGAAUUCCAAAAGUGCCGGCCACCAGGUAUUCGGCACGAUCAUUUUAUUGAUACAUUGUUUGUUCGUUAUUGUGUUGGGCUUAAGCGCAGCACGACCCUGGAGUGA